AUGCCGAAAGAAAUUGCCACUUUCUUAAAUUUGCCUGAAGCUCAAGAAUAUACAGAGCACAGUUUCAGAAGGUCACUUAUUAACACCAAACGCAACGGAGGGUGGCGGUCGAGCAGUGUAGCCGAGGGAUACAUAGAUGACUCGUUGAAAAAUAAAGAAGAAAUUAGCUCUCACAUUACAAGGAACAUACAAUUAGAGUUCACAGGCGUACAUACAGCCGCAACCGCCUCCGUCGCCGCCACCGACGACUGCAGAACACUGUGGUCUCGUUUCUCCUACUUUCACUCAAGAGAAGCUGCACUCAUUUGCAUGAAACGGCUACGAUGGAGCGUAUAUAAACUCCUGCGCAGCAAGCAUCUUUACACUCAGCGUUGUUCGUCCCUGCACGUAAUGAGCCCGGGUGCGUGUGGAAUUGUGGCCUGUGUUCCCGGCAUCCCAUAUAAGCGGGGACGCCCAGAAUGCAGGCCCGCAACACUAGUGCCACAACCGCAGUCCUGCCUUUACUGCAAAUUUGCCACGACUGCCGGUUGUUCUUCUCUGGCCUUUUACGAGUUACAACCGGAUACCACUAGCCGGCCUGACAAAUACAAUUUUAAUGGCAUAUGA